GAUGUCUGAGGAAGAAGUGCAGAAAUUGCUAGGAUUUGACAAGCUAACUACAAUGAUAGGAAAGAAAGAGGGGGAAAUUACAUUGUUUAGAAAUGGAAAUAAACCUGAAGCAUAUAUAAUAAGAAUUGGGUAAUUGAUUGGAGAUGUGAUUGGUGGCAAAGGGGCAAGCUCAAGAAAGUUCUUUCAUGGAGACAAAAUGCUUUGAGGCUGGA